GGCGCAGAGAGCAGCAGACGACAGACAGACAGACAGACAGACAGACAGGCAGGCAGGCAGGCAGCGGAGUUGGUACGAACAUCUUCGACUCCACAAAAAACCAAACAAAAAAAAAAAAAAAAAAAAAACACCUCGACUGCUCUCCAGCUGCUCUGCUCCACAGAGAGAGAGAGAGAGAGAGAGAGACAUGCCUCGGACCGGUCGCCGUUUGGGGGAUUCACGUUGGAUUUAGCGGCCGAUCGCUCCAGAAAAGAUGACUAAAUGUGCGGUGAACAGCGCAGGAGAAAGUGUGCCUCGUUUGGAGCUGAACGGGUCGUGUGCCACAACAUAAAACUCGGAGCGCAUCAAGGCCAGCAGCAGCCUGUAGCACCAGCUAGCCAAGUCGGCUAACGCUAGCCUGCUAACGUUACAGGUGUUUAGGCAGCAAAAAUAACCAAAAAAAACGUAACGUGUGUCGGUAGUUAGCUGGCCGCCAGCUGAGCUCCCAUGUCGGGACUUGAUACUGAACUCAAUGUGCCUGUUAUAAGCUUUUUUUUUAGCAAACGCCAAGUAGCAAGUAUAACACUUAGCAACAUUGUUAUUAGCCGUUAGCUUUUUUUUUUUUUUUUUUUUUUUUGUAGUUAGCCGCUGUCCCGUGUUUACAGCAGCAGCAGCAGGCUAGCCUCACUAGCCUCCGAGCUAACGAGUUAACUUUAUAGCUACAUGUGCUUGUUUUUCUUUUCUGUCUAAAGCUCGUUUUUCGCUGUUUAACCCGACUCAUCGCCGGACUUGCAGCGUGGUUUAGUGUAAUCUUCGUAUUUGCAAGCGAGGCAGUUGGACUUUUUCUUUUUCCUUUUUUUUUUUUUUUUUUUCCACCACCGUGCCUGCCCUGGACUGACCCACCCACAAGGACUAUCUAUUCCGGGGCCGAUGCUGACAGUUCAGCCCGGAUCACGGCAACGCCAGGAGCCGCUACAGCAAUGCAGCCCCAGCAGAUAUACGACUUUUCAAGUGACGAGAACAGUCACAAAUGGAGAGGCCUCUUCGUGCAAGCUUUACGAAAGGUACAGAAGCAGGUCCACCCAAACCUCAUGGCGAAGGAGGAUGCCCUGCAGCACAUCGAGGAGCUGAUCCUACAGCUGCUCAACAUGCUGUGUGUGGCCCAGCCUCGCUCCGUGCAGGAUGUAGAGGAACGGGUCCAGAAAACCUUUCCCCACCCUAUAGAUAAAUGGGCGAUUGCAGACGCCCAGUCAGCUAUCGAGAAACGCAAGAGGAGAAACCCCUUACUUCUCCCUGUGGACAAGAUACACCCUCUGCUUAAGGAGGUUUUGGGCUAUAAAGUGGACUACCAUGUUUCCCUGUACAUCGUGGCUGUGCUUGAAUACAUAUCAGCAGACAUACUGAAACUGGCAGGAAACUAUGUCGGCAACAUUCGGCACUAUGAAAUCAGCCAGCAGGACAUCAAGGUGUCCAUGUGCGCAGACAAGGUGUUGAUGGACAUGUUUGACCAGGAGGAAGACAUCGGCUUGAUGUCUCAGUGCACAGAAGAGCCGUCGUCCUCUGGGGAGCUCACGUACGACGACCUGGUGAGGCUUGAAAUCGCAGAGGAGCGGCAGUACCUGCGAGAGCUCGACCUCAUCAUCAAAGUGUUCCGCAAUCACUUCCUGUCCAACCCGAAAAUCUUCACGCCUCAGGAUGUGGAGGUGAUCUUCAGUAACAUCCUGGACAUCCAUGAGCUGACGGUGAAGCUGCUCGGACUGAUCGAGGAUGCUGUGGAGAUGACGGCCGAUGGCAGCCCUCAUCCACUGGUGGGCAGCUGCUUUGAAGAUCUAGCAGAGGAGCAGGCGUUUGACCCCUAUGAGACCAUGUCUCAGGAUAUUCUCAGUAAGGAUUUCCACGAGCACUUCAACAACCUGAUGGCACGGCCAACCGCCGGCCUCUACUUCCAGUCAGUUGCAGAAGGCUUCAAAGAAGCAGUCCAGUAUGUCCUCCCACAGCUGAUGAUGGUCCCAGUAUACCACUGUAUGCACUACUUUGAGUUACUGCAGCAACUUCAGGAGCGCAGUGACGACCAAGAUGACAGAGAAUGUCUGAAACAGGCGAUCACAGCGCUGCUUAACCUUCAGUGUAGUGUGGAGCGCAUUUAUGCCAAGCACCAGCCUCGCCGUAAACCUGGUGAGCCCAUGUACCGCCUCUACAGCAGGCAGGUUCGUAGCAAACAACUAGCCAUCAAGCGCAUGAACGAGAUUCAGAAGAGCAUCGACGGCUGGGAGGGAAAAGACAUCGGUCAGUGCUGCAGCGAGUUCAUCCUGGAGGGGCCACUAUUACGAGCUGGGGCCAAGCACGAAAGACACAACUUCCUGUUUGACGGCCUGAUGAUAAGUUGCAAGGCCAAUCAGAGUUCACGGCUCCCAGGUUCGGGCAGCGGGGCGGAGUAUCGCCUGAAGGAAAAGUUUGUGCUGAGGAAGAUCCGCAUUGUGGAUCGUGAGGACUCUGAGCACGCCUUUGAACUGAUAGGAAAAGAUGAAAACUGUGCGGUUUUCUGUGCACGGACAGCAGAGGAGAAGGCGGCGUGGAUGGCAGCGCUGGUGACUCUGCAGUACCGCUCCACUUUGGAUCGCAUGUUGGACACAGUGCUGCAGCAUGAGGAACAGGCACAUCCUCUAAGACUACCCUCCCCGGAGGUUUACCGCUUUGCUGUGCAGGACUCUGAGGAGAAUAUUGUGUUUGAGGACAAAGUGCAGAGCAAAACGGGCAUCCCCCUCAUUAAAGCUGGCACUGUGGUCAAGCUCAUAGAGAGGCUCACCUACCAAAUGUAUGCUGAUCCUAACUUUGUGCGCACGUUUCUUACCACAUACCGAUCAUUCUGCAAACCACAAGAGCUUCUCACCCUGCUGAUAGACAGGAUUGAGAUCCCUGAGCCAGAGCCGACUGAGGAGGACCGACAGGCUCUCUGGAACGGUGACCAGCCAAUGGCGGCCGAACUCCAGAGAUUCCGGAAGGAAUACGUGCAGCCAGUCCAACUCAGGGUUCUCAACGUUUUCCGUCAGUGGGUCGAACAUCAUUUCUACGACUUUGAGAAUGAUCCAGAGCUGAGAAGUCGGUUAGAAGACUACAUCACCAGCAAAAUUCAACUACGAGGCAAGUCUAUGAGAAAGUGGGUUGAGUCCAUCAACAAGAUCAUCAAGAGGAAGAUGCAGACGCAGUCAAAUGGUGUUAGUCACAACAUCACCUUCGAGAGCCCGCCUCCUCCCAUCGAGUGGCACAUAUGCAGAGCGGGCCAGGUGGACUUGUUUGACCUCAUGACCCUUCAUCCUAUAGAGAUCGCCCGCCAGCUGACUCUGCUGGAAUCAGAGCUCUACAGAGCUGUCCGGCCGUCCGAGCUGGUCGGCAGCGUCUGGACCAAAGAAGACAAAGAGAAGAACUCUCCUAACUUGCUCCGCAUGAUCCGCCACACCACCAACCUCACACUGUGGUUCGAGAAGUGUAUUGUAGAGACGAUGAACCUGGAAGAGAGGGUGGCCGUGUUAUCACGGGUCAUAGAGAUUCUGCAGGUUUUUCAGGAGCUCAACAACUUUAACGGUGUGCUGGAGGUGGUCAGUGCCAUCAACUCUGUCCCAGUCUACAGGCUCGACCACACCUUUGAGGCAAUACCAGAGAGGAAAAAGAAAAUCCUGGAAGAAGCUGUGGAACUGAGCCAGGACCAUUUUAAGAAAUACUUGGCUAAACUCAAGUCAAUAAACCCACCCUGUGUGCCUUUCUUUGGUAUCUAUUUAACCAACAUUCUAAAGACAGAGGAAGGCAACCCAGACUUCCUCAAACGCCAUGGCAAGGACCUGAUCAACUUCAGCAAGAGGAGGAAAGUGGCUGAAAUCACAGGAGAGAUCCAGCAGUAUCAGAACCAGCCCUACUGUCUGAAGGUGGAGCACGAAAUCAGGAGGUUCUUUGAGAACCUGAACCCGAUGGGCAACAGGACUGAGAAGGAGUUUGCUGACUACCUGUUCAAAAUGUCUCUGGAUAUUGAGCCACGGAACUGCAGGCAACCUCCCCGAUUUCCCAGGAAGACCAUGUACACUCUGAAAUCCCCGGGGAUCCGGCCUGUGCGAACGUCUACCUCUGGCACCCUGAAGGGCCACCCCGUCCCCCUGGAGAGGGAGCCCCCGCAUAAGAUCACCUUCCGGAGUAUCGCAGAGACCGAGCCGGAGACGCCGGCGUCAGUCUCGGUGCCCACCUCUCCAAACACGCCGACCCCUCCACAGUCAGCCUCCUCUGACCUCAGCUCAGUCUUCAUGGAGCAUGACCUCAGCAGCUCCUAUGGCGGUAGCAACUCCGUAUUUGCUACAAUUCUUCUUCCGCCUUCAAAAUUUCAGUCUGUGUCGUGCGGCAGCCUCCACCAACUCGGGGAGGAGCAGCUGAAGCCGCCUCCUCUGCCACCACGAAGGAAAGACGCAAUGUCUGAAGGCAAACUGAGCUCCAAGUCGGACAGCCCCCCGGCCAUCCCUCCCCGGCUGCCCCCUCCUCUGCCCAGGAACCAGCCUCGACCACUGGUCUACAACGGCCCCCCCAGCGAUGGCCCCCUGCCCAGCCCUCCUCCUCCGCCGCCUCGUGACCCUCUGCCCGACACGCCUCCCCCGGUGCCCCAGCGGCCCCCGGAGAUCUUCAUGAACUACCCCCUCAACCUGCAGCCUUCCCCUGGGGGCCGAUACCACUGGGACUUUAGCUCCCCGAGCUCCCCCAACACCCCGCCCAGCACACCGUCGCCUCGCAUCCCCAGGCGGAGCUGCCCGCUCAGCGCCAGCCAGAACAGCCUCUGCCCUCUCCCUGUUCCCAUCACCGCUCCACCUGUGCCCCCACGCCACAACUCCAGCCCACAACUCCCCAAACUCCCACCAAAGACAUACAAAAGGGAGCUGCUGCAGCCGCCGCUACAAGCCCUCUCAUUGGUGGAGAACACCGACAGCAGCCAGUGAGUCGGAGUUAUUUUUUUAAACGCCUAGAGGUGAUCUUGAAAUGCAAACUUCAAACUGUCUCCUGCAAACUAAGACACAGUGGACUCAAAGCUACUGAUCAGAAAGAAUUACACUGCUCCACACACUCUUAACUCCUCCUACCCGCCCUCCGCAUCGACCAAUCAUAACCCCCCCCCCCGCUGUGCCUCUCAGGGGAUCAGUAGCUCCGCCUUCAUCAUAAACCCUCUGUGCCAAUGAGAAACCCACACCGGUGUGCCAGCUAAUAAACAACAAGGAGUAGAGUGUUUGUGUCUGUUUCUUCUGUACGGAGUGGGAUCGUCUGCUCCUGAUAAAAGUUCUCACCCCUCACACUCUUAACUUACACUUACCCCACGUCCCACUCCUCUAUCAGGGUGGGAUGAAUGUGGGGGGCCUUGGACUUUGUAGCCUCAACUGUCAUGCUUUGUUUCUUUGGGCAUUGACAUCAUCUGGAGUCCUGCUGCAGCUCACAGAUUUUUACGACCUCUCUCCUCCUCAACGAUCCACUUAGACGUAGCUCUUUCACAGUGGGUGUGAGCAGCAGACAUUUCCAUUGACUUGUUUUUCCUACAAACUGAUAAAGAAACAGUUGCCAAAGUCUUAUUUUAUGCAGGGGGAUAAGGGAUUUUCUUUUUUUAAACAAAUGUGACAUUAAAAGAAACACAUAAAAGAGGCGACACUGAAUCCCCCACCUUGUAUCUCAACUGUACACUGUGACUGUAUAGACGUGAGUCAAACUGUCUGACUGUUUUUUGUCUGAAAGACAGGCCUCUCCGCAGCCACAAAAUGUUGCCUUUAAAAAUCCAACGCCGGUGACCUCUGACCCCAGGCUCCAGUCCUCUCGGCCUGGAUGGGACAACGAGAGCCGAAAACACUCCAUUUGCACAUCGAGUUUGGGCAGAGUCAGCAGGUUUUCGAUUAGACUAAAAUAUCCCUCUGCGGUGUGCGACAGAGGGAGGUCUGCCACGAUAUCAAACUACACCGAUUCAGGACGAAGACGAGGAGAGGAAAGAGAGACCCAAGUCUUUCUCCCUCUCUCGAAACUCUUCGAAAGCUGAUGUCUUAACCGAUCCCCUUAUAGACGUGCGCUGCUGUCUUGACACUGUGCUCUUCUUCAAAAGCCCUCAUGACCAACUCUUCUUCAUUGGUAUUAAAACUCAGCACUAUAAGCACGCAACCUCCCACCAGAGCUGGGACAGCUCCCCCCAGUGGCUGCUCGAAAUACCUAGAAACCCAUGAAAAAGAGGAACUUUUUAACCCAACUUCUUCUGUAUCUCUCUCUUUUUCUUUUUUUCUGCUUGAAAACAUUUUGUUUCACUUUGGAAAGACUGAAAUAAUCCAUGCAUCAUGCUCGGAUGUGCCUUUUAUUUUGUUUUCUACUUUACAGAAAUAAGCAAAUGGUGUCUAAAAUGCUAAAAAAUAAAGUUGCCUAUGUAAUGUUUAGAACAAAGCUAUACACUAUGAAAUUGUACAUGUUUGUGGAUACUGUGUAUAUAUAACAUGUAUACACUAACUAAAUAAUUUGUAUAAAGUGACAAGUUUUUUUUUUCCCUGUUGUAUUGUACCCUCAUCCGCAUCUGUUCAGUUGAAUAUUGCCUAAUAAUCCAAUGCUGCUACAGUCGGAUAAAAAAAAAAAAAAAAAACAAAAACAAAACAAGAAAAAAACAGGUCACUGUCACUAACUUACUUACAGACAAUCUCCAGUUGAAACACUGGGAGUAUUAACUGAGGAAAGCCAUUUUUUCUUCCCUGCCCCUUAGCUGUUUUAAAGCAAUGGAGAAAAAAAAAUACACAGUUCAAUAUGCCAAGCACUUACUUAGACGUGUGCUUCACUUUGUACAUCCUACUAAUUGCCUUUUUCUCCUUUUCAAAGAUUUUUUAAUGCUAACACUCAUUAAACAGAGGUUGGAAUUGUAUUAAAGUUGCAGUUGAAUAUACACAGACCUAUAUUCAGUUGCAAGUAUUUGAGCAUAGUGAAGAAUUGGACAUUUUUCUGAGAAAUACACUUUGUGCACUUUAGGCUGUACUGUUGAAGAGCCGCAGUUGUUAUAGGUCUUGUUUGUAAAUGCAAUGGUCCUAUGCAACUGUUCAACUCACUUUCUACAUGGAUCAGGGCAGAAAAACACGAGUCUACCACCUCCACUUUUAUCCCCACGAUGUUUAUAUAAGACUCACAAAGACCUGAGGAUGUCUGACCACCACGAGCUGGAUUUCAGCGACAUUUAAAAAUUAAAAAAAACUUACUCGUGCCCUUUUUUCUCUCCUCGCUUUGCCCUGAAAAUACACAGAGCCCUCUUCCUCCUCCCCUUCCUCUCACUGUGUGUUGUGCGGAUGGUGAUGGAUGAUUAAACUAGAGGUAAAAAGGGGAGUAAUGGAGGAUUGACGGCUGAAGUCAAAUCACUUCACUGUCUCGGCUCAUGUUCUGUCCAGUUCCCAAAUUUCCCAAGUCAGUAUUGGUGGGGUUAAUUUUGCCAAACUUUUGUUUUGUUUUGUUUAUCUUUUUUUUAAACCCCAGCCCCGACAGAAUAACAGAUUGGUUUUCCUCCGGUGGCACUGUAACAGCUUGAUCCAGCAGUCGGUUUAUUUGAUGGUAUGUGGCCUUUUAACUGCUUUGUAUUAAUGGUCUUGAUGAGAUUAAUAAAUCACCCAGUCUUAUUUUGUACUGAA